UUUAUGUUGUUGGCGAUGGCCAUGAUGACGGCCGCCAAGAAACCAAAUACCAAAGUCAAUACCAACAAUGCCAACAACAACUUCGUUCGUAUGUUAUUCAAUGAGAAGGAGUACCAAGAGGAGUUCUCCAAAUGGCUCGAGAGAUUCGAGAAGAAGUACGACUCGUUUGAGUUUGUCCAAAGAUUCGCCAUAUUCAAGACCAACAUGGACUACGUUACCAAUUGGAACAAGAAGAACUCUGACACAGUCCUUGAGCUCAACCAUCUUGCCGAUCUCACCAACAGCGAGUACCGCAGACUCUACCUCGGCACUCAUGUCAACGGUGUCCUCGGCGUCCCCGGCACCCACAUCAUGUCUGGCGCACCACAAGUUGACUCGAUCGACUGGAGAGCCAAGGGAGCUGUAUCCCACAUCAAGGACCAAGGCCAGUGUGGAUCGUGUUGGUCCUUUAGCUCAACUGGAUCCGUGGAGGGAGCUCACCAGAUCAAGACCGGAAACAUGGUAACCUUGUCUGAGCAAAACUUGAUUGAUUGCUCUACCAAACAGGGUAAUAUGGGCUGCAAUGGAGGUCUGAUGGACUUUGCCUUUGAGUACAUCAUUGAGAAUGUAGGCAUAGAUACCGAGACAUCCUAUCCAUACAAGGGUGAGAAUGGAAAGACAUGCCUGUUCAAGAGUUCCGACAUCGGUGCCACUAUCUCAUCAUACAAGAACAUCACCUCUGGUUCAGAGUCUGAGCUUGAGGAUGCUGCACUCAUCGGACCAGUCUCUGUUGCCAUUGAUGCCGGUCACAACUCAUUCCAACUGUACUCCAGUGGUAUCUAUUAUGAACCAAAAUGCUCAUCGACCAACUUGGACCAUGGAGUAUUGGUAGUUGGUUUUGGAUCUGGAACGCCUCCCUCUAGCAAGGUCUCCUCAUCCAACAAGAAGUCCCAAAUCAAGGUUCACUCAACUCCACAAGCAAACACCAAUUAUUGGAUUGUAAAGAACUCUUGGGGCGAGUCCUGGGGAGACAAAGGAUUCAUUUACAUGAGCAGGAUCGCGACAACAACUGUGGAAUUGCCACCAGUUCAAGUUAUCCAGUCGUUUGAUCAAUGCUAUGUUUACAUUCUCUCAUGA